AAUAAUAUAAAAAAUUUUGUUUAUUUUUAGUGAAAUGUCAAAGAUCGAGAUAGUUGUUUUGCUUGGAUUGUUGUGUGGCACAGUUUUUAUUGUGAACCUGUACUGCAUUGUAAUUAUUAUUUUGAAUAAAACUCUACACAGACCAUCACACAUAGCUAUAUGCAGUUUGCUUAUUGCACACUUUUUACAGAGCAUUUUUGUUAUUCCGUCGUACGCAGUCAAGAAAGCUGGGACUGGAAACAAGACAGUUGUGUGUGACACUUUCAGGCUUUCAUAUUUAUUUACAAACUAUGCUUCCUGUCUCAGUCUACUCGUUAUAACACUUGACAGAUUUAUCGGUGUUCGGCUACCGUUAAAAUACCACAUUAUCGUCACAACGCGAAGAAUGUUAUAUUUAACAAUAUCUAUCUGGAUGUAUUCACUCUUGCUAAAUUUAAUACCAUUCAUACCGAAUCAUGGAAAAAGUGUCUGUAACUAUAAUCCACAAAAAAUAUGGACUGUUUUUAUGCUGUUAGGCAAUACGCUUCUACCGUUUUUAAUAAUAGCUGGUUGCUAUGUGGUAAUCUUUAAGAAAGCACGUAAGGUACUCACUCAGAGAAAACUUGCUCGAGGAAACACAGGCACAAGACGCUUGGCAAGUUCACAUUUCAAUAAAUCCAAAAUAACCUUACUUAUAGUUUUCUUUUACGUACUUUGCUGGGGGCCAAGUUGUUGUUAUUAUUUAUUGCAGUCCCUGUGUAAAGCAUGUUUCAACUCGAGUUAUCAUGAUUCAAACACUGAGGAUAUUAUACAUUUUACCAUGAAACUUCUUACAUUCGUCGAUGGUGUUAUAGCUCCAUUGAUUUAUUGUUGCACAAACGCCACAUUUAACCGAGCUCGGCGACGCAUGUCUAAGGAAUUACGCCAACUAAUGCAAGGUGGAUCAGUCACUGAGUUUAAACGACAACCUGGUUAUUACUUACAUGCACACUUGCAAGAGGCUUCACCAAAGUUAGCUGAUGGAGUUGUUUCUGUCAGAACUAAUAGACUUCAUCCUGUUGGCAGCGAAGACGUCUCAACGGAACUGACGUCAUCGACGGACGCAAGAACAGUAGAUGUGACGUGCAAAGCAAAUUCUGGGGAUAUGAUUAAACCUAUGGUAAAAGAUGGUAAUGGAUUAGUAUAUUGUUUUGAAAGUGGCGAAAGAAAAUGUUUGUCUGUGUGAAAAUUAUCAUCAAGUAUUAUCGGCUGUAUUUUGUGUGUUUAAAAUAGUUGCAUCACGGUUUAAAUUUAUUUCAUCUUUGUAUGAUCUUUUUUAAAUACUGACGCAUAUUUAUUGUAUUUAAAACGUGAACAAUUAAAAUAUGAAUAUGAAUUA